AUGUUCCGUGCAUUCUACAUCAAUAGAAUAUUCACAAAUUUAUCCGAAUUCUACGUGCUCUGGGCUAGUCACUGCAGUGGCAAGCACAGCCGGGUGCGUGCCAUCCUGAUCAAAGCACAACGUCUGGAUCCUAAGCCGAGAAGAACAAUCACAAUGCGGAAAAGACAGUUUGCUAUAGAAGAGGAGAAAUUAAUACUGAAAGAGAGCGAUGCCGACAGUAGCAAUGAAGUAGCGAAAAAGGCUGCAUCAGAUCCCUGGGAUGAGCACUGGCAGGCGAAAUUGAUGCUCGACAUGGAAGCACCGCAGUUCGUAAAAAACUAUGAUCGCGCAUCAAAUCAUGUGAUCCGUUGGGAAGCAUACGUGUACAAUUAUGUCAAAGAGAAAUUAGACCGUAUAUCUGGCACUGCUCAAAUUUACAGUUGCCUUACAUUCGUCGACAGAGGCCUAAUUGUGCGGGAAAAAGCUUUCGGAACUUUGCGCGAAAUAUGCAAUGCAAAAGUACCGGAAAUUGUUGUUGCAGUAAUCGCACUUGAUUUGAUGAAAAUAUUGCGCUGCAUACACGGAAUGAAUGUUAUUCAUGCGUGCUUUUCUACGGAUCACAUUUUAAUUGCUAGCAAGUAA